UCGCACAGGGGCAGUGGAGCGGGAAGCGGCACACAGGCGCGGUUUGUAGGAUUAUUGCUAAGAGGCAAAAUAUAGCCAUCAGUUUCUCCAUUUUUUUUUUUUUUGGUCCUCUCUCGAUUUUUCACGAUGUAAUUUUUUUUCCGCAUUUUGGAUUAAAAUCGGGAAAUCCUUGGACGUUUUCAUCUUUUUCUGUUAUCGUGCCCAGUGCCAGUUACGAUGGAAACAAUACCCACCUAUGAUAGUUAAUAUAAUAAAUUCCCCGGUCUGAAAACAAGGAUCAAAGCUGUAAAGGAGAAGUGGCCCAGGUUCCAGUGUGUGCAGGAAAAAAAGGUGCUGCUUUUCUGUGAGAACAAGAUGGUUCGGAUGUGAGUGUACGAGGAAGAGCCGUGCGGCGUUUCCACUGACAAGUUCGCACACCUCUCUCUUCUCAACUCCUGGGGAAGCGAGCGCAACGGUGGAACAACACGACUAAUAAAUGCCAACCCUGCCUGACAUUUUUAUGGGUCUUUCUCUUCAGCCUAAGGAGCAGAGCCCCAGUAACCAGACAUCCCUGGCGAUGAUGCAGGAGCCGCAGGAGGUGGUGGAGGAGACCGUGACCAUUGAGGAAGACCCAGGCACCCCAACUUCCCAUGUGUCUGUGGUCACUUCCGAUGAUGGAACCACACGCCGCACAGAGACCAAGGUCACCAAGAUGGUGAAGACGGUGACAACGCGGACCGUGCGGCAGGUUCCACUGGGGCCCGACGGCCUACCCCUCCCUGACGGCACGCCCCCGCUGGCCAGCUACACAGACUCCAUCGACCGGCGCUACAUGAAGAACGGAGAUCGCUUCAUGACACCCCAGGCAACCUCCACACUAACACGCUCCUACAACAACUACAGUGACUCCUACGGCGACACGCCCGAGGCUCAGUACCGGCACUACGGCAUCCACGAUGGUUUCGGUGACCUGUCUGACAAUUACGGUAGUCUGUCAAGAGGCAUUAACUACCGGCCCCGCUACCCGUACAUGCCCACUGGCGGCUACCGGCCGGAAAAUAGCUACACCCUGCCCAUCCGCAAGGACGACUACGGUCACGUGGCACAGCCCCAGGUGCCCAUGGGUGGCGGUGGUGGCAGCGUAGACCUGAACCGCUCCCAGCCCGAGCGCUUUCAGCCUGAGCCGUACGGCCUGGAGGAUGACCGCCGCAGCCUGGGCCCAGAUGAGGAGGAACCCUACGACCUGGAGCCUGACUACUCCACCGCUAACCGCCGGGGCAGGCCAGUGAGGGAGCCAAUCAGAGAGACCCCUCGCAUCAGGGGGGGCUACGAGGACCCCAUUGAGGCAGAGCUGAUCGACGAGCGACACCCCUACAUCCAUGGCAUGUACCCGGCCCCCCUGGCACAGCCAGAGCUCGGCAGCUUGGCCAGCCUUGACCGCAUGGGCGGCCGGCGCUCACCCUCCAUCGACAGCAUUCGCAAGGACCCGCGUUGGCGCGACCCCGACCUGCCCGAGGUCAUCGCCAUGCUGGGACACCCCAUCGACCCCGUCAAGUCUAACGCUGCUGCUUACCUGCAGCACCUGUGCUACGAGAACGACAAGAUCAAGAAGGAGGUGCGGCAGCUAAAGGGUGUGCCCGUGCUGGUGGGCCUCCUGGACCACCCUAAGGCCGAGGUGCACCGCAAGGCCUGCGGAGCGCUGCGCAACAUCUCUUACGGCAAGGACCACGAGAACAAAGUGGCGAUCAAGAACUGCGACGGCAUUCCUGCCCUCAUCCGGCUGCUGAGGAAGACUAACGACAUGGAGGUGCGGGAGCUCAUUACAGGAACCCUGUGGAAUCUCUCUUCCUACGAACCUCUGAAGAUGGUCAUCAUAAACCAUGGCCUGCAGACCUUGACCAACGAAGUGAUCAUCCCGCACUCGGGCUGGGAGCAGGAACCCAACGAGGACUCCAAGCCCCGCGAUGCAGAGUGGACUACAGUCUUCAAAAACACCUCCGGGUGUCUGAGGAACGUGAGCUCGGAUGGGGCGGAGGCUCGCCGGCGGCUGCGGGAGUGUGAUGGCCUGGUGGACGCGUUGCUCCACGCCUUGCAGUCAGCUGUGGGGAAGAAAGACAUGGACAACAAGUCGGUGGAAAACUGCGUGUGCAUCAUGCGGAACCUGUCCUAUCACGUGCACAAGGAGGUGCCGGGGGCGGAGAAAUACCAGGACCCCUCUGUCAGUCAGGCUCCAGGCUCAGCGGGGCCACAGAGGAAGAAGAAGGACGAUGCCGGCUGCUUCGGCGGAAAGAAGGCCAAAGAGGAAUGGUUUAAUCAAGGCAGAAAAAACGGAGAGAACGACAAAAACUAUGACACUCUGGACCUGCCUAAGCGAACAGAACCCACGAAAGGCUUCGAGCUGCUCUACCAGCCAGAGGUCGUGAGGCUCUACCUGUCUCUCCUCACCGAGAGCCAGAACUACAACACGCUGGAGGCUGCGGCCGGUGCCCUGCAGAACCUGAGUGCUGGCCAGUGGACCUGGUCGAACUACAUACGGGCCACGGUGCGUAAGGAGAAGGGCUUGCCCAUCCUAGUGGAGCUGCUGCGCUCCGACUCCGACAAGGUGGUCCGGGCCGUGGCCAUCGCCCUCCGCAACCUGUCCAUCGACCGCCGCAACAAGGACCUGAUAGGGAGCUACGCCAUGCGAGACCUGGUGAGCAACCUUCCAAGUGGCCAGCAGCGGCCGGCCAAGAACCUGGAGGAAGACACGGUGGUGGCCGUGCUCAACACCAUCCAUGAGAUCGUGACUGACAGCUCGGAGAACGCACGCUCCCUGGUGCAGGCGCAGGCAGUGGAGAAGCUGGUGGCCAUCAACCGGACGAGUCAAUCGCAGAGAGAGACCAAGGCAGCAUCGCACGUGCUGCAGACUGUCUGGAGCUACAAGGAGCUGAGGAACGUGCUCAGCAAGGACGGCUGGAACAAAACCCACUUCCAGCCCACAGUCGCCAGCCAGAGCAAGGGGCCAAAGAGCGGGAAAGCGGGCUACGAUGACACCACCCUCCCCCUGAUGGAGAAGAACCAAGGAAACAAGAAAUCUGGCAGUGGUGAUAUGAUACCUAUGGACGAGUUUGGUCCAGGGCAGCAGAUGAGGGGAGGGUGUGAGGAGGGUGUACAGCGCUGUCUGGCUGCCUCCAUCCUUCAUCAGGAGGGGCUGACGGACAGUAAUUGGUGUGAGCCCUGGCCUGCGGAACGUGGGCAGGAGGGGAGAUGCACUACAGCUUUGCUUCCGCCCCCACACCCUCAGCCGCCCAACCCAACACAGUCUGUCAGCCUCCUCGCACCGCUCGGCUUCUGUACAGCUAACAAAUUCUCUGAGGGAUGUGGGGGAGAUGGAUACUCCACGAUUGACCAAAAGGACAAGUACAAGACUGGGGAGGUGCCAGCAGACAUGACUGAGCGUGAGCCAUUAAAGAAUGAUACAAAUAGGAAACACUUUGUCAGGAGUAACAGGCCAACAGUGAAUCUGGUGGAUGCUUGUGACGUUAAACCUCAGCCUGUAGACUCCUGGGUCUAAAUGCAUGCAUGGCUUAGAAUUACAACAGCGCAACAUCUCAACUAGAAGAGGAUCUCAUGUAUCACCACUGCCAUUAGAGGGAGGUCAUUUUGUUCUUGACUUUUGAGCAGACUUUAUGAAUAUACAUACAAAACUGAACUUUCCCAUCCAACAGCCAAUGUUUCAUGCUUCUCAGCAGGAAUGGAGUUUUAGAAAGAAGAUUUAAAAAACAGUAAUUAUUCUUCUACUUGUUCUCAUGUAUACAUUCCCACUGGACGCAGGUCACCCUAACGCUGAAUGGAGCUGCAGUUUCUGCUGUUAUUUACGUGGUGGUUGAUGCAUAGAAAGAGAAGAGAACGUGCGGUGCUGGGGAAAUUGACACGUGGUUGAAUGAAAUGGAGAGGAAAUCAGGAUUUUUUUUUUUUUAAAUCAUAAAUCCAUUUAACCUCAAAUGGAAUUUUGUUUCCAUGUUCAAAGAAAAAAAAAACGUCUUCCAUUAUGGCAGCACUGAACAUUGUGCUUGAUUUUUGGUUUUGGUUUGUGAAAUUAUUUUCCCAGGAUCAUUUUGUUUUGUAUUUUAUUUUUCUUCUUGUUCUGACAAACUGAAGGCUUGUGGAGUGGCGUGGGGGUUAUUUAAAGGAAGGAAGACAUAUAUUUGUGGUUUGAGUUUGGGGCUUAAAAGCACGAAGGGUAUUUGAAGGCAACAUAGUAAAAUACACACUUACACUGUCUCACACAACCUGGCUUUAUAAAUGCACCACCCAUAGGACAUUUCCUUUUUUUUAAUCACUGUUUUAUUAUUAUUGACUAAAAUGUUUCAAGCACUUACCCACUUCUUGGAAAGGUCUUCUCCAUAGUGUUUAAUGAGGUCAGAAGAGAUGAACUGCAGGUGCCCUUCGCAUGAUGAUUUAAGUGUCAGUUCCACAGCUCCAGACAGUGGUGGCCAAGCGGUCGAAACAAACAUUUCCUCAAGAUCCUGGUAAGUCUAAUUCCAACACACACACACACACACACACACACACACACAUACAUAUAUUUCUCAGCGCAAACAACUUUACCGGUUGUCCUAGAUCGUUGCAGUUUGGCUUUUAUUAAAUGGUUGAAGAAGGAAAAUUAAACUUUGGGUGUGGAUCCUUUUGUAUUUUUUGAGCAGGGAAAAAGACAGGAACUUACUCCUGUUGUGAAAGGCUACAUUUGAAGCAUUUUAUAUUUUUUUUGUUUUAUAAAUGUAUGCUGGGAUUAACAUAAUAAGGAAAAUGCAUUCAUGCUUCUAACCGGAAUAUGUUGUUAACUGUGUGUCCAAACUAGGGGAUGUUCUGGAAACCCACUCAGUGAACAAGGAGUUGUCAUGUUUCUGUUAAAAAACAAGUAAUAAUAACUGCUAAACCUAACAGUGUGUGAGUCAAGCCUUUUAGAGUCAUACCACUCAGCUAUUUAUAUUUUAUACUUUCAAGAGUAAGACUUUUAUCUACCACUUUGUCUUUAAAGGUGAAGAAACACAUUGUGAAUUUCAGACCUGGUUGCCAAAAUCAUUGAGGGGUAGGGAAUGAGGAUGGGGUAAGGACUGUGGAAAAGGGGUAGGGGGUGGACAUAGAGACUGUGUAGAUGCUCAGAAAGGCUGAAUGGAGAGUUGGGCCUUACAGAGUGCUAGGAUAGACUGAGGACAGACAGUGUUACACUUCCAGUUCAUUUCACUGCAGUUGUAUGAAGUUUUAUGGACUAUCUUAAAAUGUGCUCCAGUUUUACUAAUGCAUCUUUUAAAGUCUUUUGAAGCAAGCAUGAGAAAAAAAAAAUGUAAAGAUGUUUAUGUUCUUUCUAAGUGCCAGUUUUUGUGGUGUAACUUGUUAUUGAAGUUAUUCACAGCCAGGAGGAAGAGUACGGGCAUUUAAAACUGGCUUGAGACAGAGCUUGCAUCAGUAUGUAACAACUAAAUCAUAACGUUGCUUUUACUUUAUCGUGUUCCUCUUUUCUUUCCGGGGAAAUGGUUUUAAACAAAAGGGAGGCAGAACUGGUGUUGCCGGAGGAAAGUGGGACAGAUGACAAGGCUUAUGCACAGAUGUACAAGGGUGUUCUGAGCUAUUGCAGGUUCUUGCAGUCUCAGUGGGGCUCUCCGAUGCUGCCGUGUCUACCGUUGCCUCGGUGGACAAGUUUGACGUAACCAUGUCCAGCAGCCCAGCAGUAGAAAAGUGACCUUUAGGAUGACGGAACUAGUGCAUCCAUUAGGCAGUAGGCCUGUGCCUGCAUUGAAACCUUUGGGAUGUGACCUUCUAAAACUUGCAUUUUUUACACAGUGUUUACAAAAAUGUGCAUUAAUAAAUGAAACUUAAUGUACUAACUUGGAAAAAAUACAAGAAGCAAUCCAUUCUCUGUCUUGAGUACAAUGUGCUAUCAGCAAAAAAAAAAAAAGAAAAAAAAAGACAAAAAAAUCCCUGUCUGUCCCUGACUGCCUUUUCGCAGUACACAACCAAAGUAUUUGGCAAUGUGUUCAUAUAUGUGAAAAAGUCUGGAGGCGUAUCUAUAGUUACUUCAGACAGUACAUUUAGAAAACACAACUGCUGUGGAGGAAAUGCAAGAAACUGGCAGAAACAGAAUGAAAGGAGCAAGGCCUACCUGUGUAGAUAUCACUGAAGUCAAAAUAAAGUAACCGUACUACUACGUAGCAAAUGUGUUUGUAACUAUCAUGUGCCUUAAACUUUUCCAUGGUAGACUAAAAAUAACAAUGUGUUUUGUAUAAUACUCUGUCCUUCUCUGUUUUUCAUUCCUUUUUAAAUCUGUCUCUGUUUCUUGCUCUUUCUCACUCUCUCUCAAUCACACUCACUCUGUUCUCAGUGUAGUCUAGACUGGUGGUGGGUUUUUGCCUUGUAUUACAUUGUAUUAUAAACCUUUAAACUAGAGAACAUUAAAAUGGUUUGAUUUCAUAGAAGACUAAGUUGUUAAUGCUUUCAUAGGGAUCAGAAAUAAUGCCACAGUGACAGAAUGUAUUAUGUUAAUUUCACUAAUAUCCUGGGGCAAGUAAUACGCUUGUUAAAUUAAAGGAAAAAUAAAGGUUUGUAGAGUAUCAAUUUUGGUGUGUUUUCAAUAAACCAUGCCUGAAAAAAG